GACAAAAACUACUGGCACUCAUCACGCCAGCGAACCAUCGCAGCAACAACCAAAGUUAUCAGGUGAGGGCCUUGGUUCUGGUACAAUAAAACUAGGCAACAGGAGCAAAAUCAGCAAUGCGCCGCUUAUCAUCAUACGCCCGCACCCACGGAAACGGCUUGCACUCAAAUACAC